AGAAAAGAGACACUGAAGACAGUUACCAACCUCCAACCCUCUAAGUUUCCCACCCUUUAUAUAGUCUCCUCAGUUCAGUAAAGAUUCAAACCAUGAUCAAAGAGCUUAACAUGGAGAAGACACACACCAAGUCCGCACUAAAGUUUGUGAAGGCCAGUACACAAUCUGCAGUCUCGUGGAGCUCUAGUUCCACUAGAUCAAGCAUGACAAAAGACGAACUCAAAGACCGGCUCUUCGACAAAUCUAAGGCUUCUCAAAAGCCUUAUCCAAAAGAGAACACCAAGCCACAAGAAAUCAAACUUCAUACCCAAGAAAGAGCCGUCAAACGCGCAAUGUUCAACUACGAGGUAGCAACCAAGUUGUAUAUCAUAGAGCAACAGAAAAGACGGGCUGAGAAGUUGCAGAAGAUGAUAGAAGAGGAAGAGAUUCGUUUGCUAAGAAAGGAGAUGGUUCCAAGAGCUCAAUUGAUGCCUUUUUUCGACAGACCCUUCUUCCCACAAAGAUCAAACAGGCCCUUGACAGUUCCAAGAGAGCCAGGUCUCCGCAUGAUGAGCAGCAACUCAUGCGGAAGUCGCAUGUUUUGCAGUGGAAUCUACGAUUUCCGAGGGAGUCAAGGUCUGAAGCCCAUCAAAUAAUAAAACCGUACGUGGCUACAAAAAUUAAUUCAUGACGCAUAUGGUGGUAAUUCGUGCGUGCCUGAUAGCUGUACAACGUACGUACGUAGACGUACCUGAUAGCAAACUUCGCAUGCACUGUAAUUGUGAAAUGGUAGAUCGACCGAUCAUCCGUAGAGAUCAGCUACUAGUACUCAUGAUGAGAUUGAUUUUCCUAGCUAGUUCAUGUUUUUUCUUUUGGGUUUCUAUUAUCUUCUUUUUUGGGUGUUGUUGCAUGUAGGGAAUCGAAUCGUAGGAGACUGGCUGUUUCCUAAGCUAGAACAAGUAAAAUAAAGUGAAUUGCA